AUGGUGCAAAUCACUCAACUCCUGUCGGGUAUUGCUCUCGCUUCGGGCGUAUUCGGAUCGCCUAUUGAGCGACGUGCGGUCAUUAGCCACGAUGCCGUCGUUGGGUUUCCAGAGACUGUCCCAUCUGGCACUGCUGGAUCACUGUACCUGAAGUACAAGCCUUUCGUCAAGACAUUCAAUGGAUGUGUCUCGUUCCCUGCGGUUGACGCCCAAGGCAAUACAAGCGGAGGACUUGCCACAAGUGGCUCAUCUGAGAGUGGUUGCAGCAAGAGCACUGGUCAAGUCUAUGCCCGAGGCGGCACCUACAACGGCCGAUACGCCAUCAUGUACUCGUGGUACAUGCCAAAGGAUUCACCCUCACCAGGCUUGGGACAUCGCCAUGACUGGGAGAACGCCGUGAUCUGGUUGUCCAGCCAAAGCACAAGUGCCAGUGUUGUUGGCAUGGCUGUUUCCCAACACGGCGGAUAUGACAGGAGGAGUUCAGGCACUUUCUCAGGCAACAGUCCCUUGGUGGGCUAUACCGCCAUCUGGCCGACCAACCAUCAAAUGACCUUUACCGACACCAAGGGUGGCCAGCAGCCCUUGAUAGCCUGGGAGAGUCUGCCUGCUGCGGCGCGCACGGCGUUGACAAACACUGAUUUUGACAGCGCCAACGUUCCUUUCAAGGACGGUGCUUUUGAGUCGAACCUGGGUAAGGCGGCCAUCUGA